CUAUUUUUAUGUCAAUAAUGAUAAAAUGAUUAAAUUAUAAAUAAAUCUCUGCAUAUGUUAAAAGAAAUUACAGUUAAAUAGCAAUUAUGGAGAGCUCUCAAUCGUUAUACAUUAGCCUCUUCAGCGAGGAAAAGAGUGACGUUUUGAAAGAACUGUUGCAUGCGUGUGUCGAUGAAAUUUGCGGCCGUCCAGGACCAUCAUAUCAUAAAUUUAGCAAUAGUAUGGAUUGGAGUAAAGCUGAAUAUGAAGGAGUUUAUAAGCUGAUAUCAACAUUAUUGCGAAAUCCUGCUUCUUUGUACAUGGUAGAGGAAAAGAUGCCACAAGAAUACCAUGAAUUACCGGAGCAAGUGCAACAAAAUAUUCUUACUUGCUUAAAAGUGCGUAGGGAACAUCUGACAAAUGCUUUAUUGAGAGAACAUUACAAAAGGAAACUACCAACUAUAGUAGAUUUUGAUUGGAGAUUAAAGGUAUUUUAUACGAACAAUCAUUUUACUUUUAUUCUAUUGGCUUUAUUUGCUUCAUCACACUUUUUUAUAGUUGGUAAUGGGAUCGAGCAAGAUUGCUUCUUUGCGGGAAUCGCUUCUUCAAUUGGAUCUCAUAGUCGAAGAUACGGAAUCCCGACGUAUUAUAAAUUUGGAACUGAACAAAGAUGAACUAGAUACAAUAAUAAAUGCUUUAGAAGCAAUAUAAUAAGACAUAGCAUUUUUGUGAUAUUUUUAUAAAUCAAAAUGAAUAAUUUAUAUAUAUAUAUAAUGCUUCUAUGUGUUGUAUUAAAAUUGUUAUAUUAAAUUAUAAAUGUGUAGGACAGAUCUUGUGAUGAAAUAAAUACUCGCCGCUGGUACACUUUGUUUCACAGUUUAUUAUAGGUUAUAGAUAAAUGUAGAAUAGUUUAGUUACUAUUAUAACUGCUGAUCGAAGAUAUUGGAGACUGUACUUUCGCGUCUGAGGCGACUUCGAUCCAAAGGUCUCAUUCACAAUUUUGUAGUCUCCGGCGCAAAAUAAA